GAGUAAGAUCUCGAAGCCUCGAAAAGAACGGGCGACAUCCGGGCAUCUGGGGGCCGUCGAGCAGAGGCGUGCCUUGGAGCGCGGCUUGUUAGGGGCCGCGGCCAUGCUGAAGUGCGGGAUGAGCGGCAGUCAGGUGAAAGGGCUCAAGGCACUGGGAGGGCAGGAUCCAUUCCUGUCCUGUUCAUUGCUCUGCCCGCAUGGCGUAUUUGGAAAAGCAAUCCAAGCUCUAUCACGAAUCAGUGACGAGCUGUGGCUAGACCCAUCUGAAAAAGGUCUUGCUCUAAGAUCUGUGAAUUCUUGUCGGUCAGCAUACGGAUGUGUCCUCUUUUCUCCUCUGUUUUUUCAACAUUAUCAAUGGUCAACCUCAGUGAAAGUAAAUGAGAAUGAUUCGAAAACAUCAAAUUUAAAUUGCAAAUUGGGAAUGAAGUCAAUUCUGCCCAUCUUUAGAUGUCUGAAUUCCCUCGAAAGAAAUGUAGAGAAUUGCAGAAUUUUCACCAGAUCCGAUCAGUGCAAAGUCGUCAUUCAGUUCUUUUGCAGACAUGGUAUUAGAAGAACUCAUAAUGUGUGUUUUCAGGAAAGUCAGCCCUUGCAAGUUAUUUUUGAAAAGAGUAUGUGUUCUAAUACACUAGUUAUUCAACCAAGAGUGCUCGCUGAGGCCGUUGUUCUUUUUACAUCAAGUCAAGAAGAAGUUACUCUUGCUGUUACCCCACUCAGUGUUUGCCUUAAGAGUUCCAGUGACGAACCAAUGGAUUUGACCAAUUCUGUGUACAGUGAAAUGUUUGUUGGCCCAGAAGAGUUUGACUUCUUUCAAAUUGGAGUUGAUACUGAAAUAACAUUCUGUUUCAAAGAAUUGAAGGGAAUGCUGACAUUUUCAGAAGCUACACAUGCUCCUAUAGCCAUUCAUUUUGAUUUUCCUGGGAAACCUAUGGCUUUAAGUAUCGAUGAUAUGUUAUUGGAAGCUAACUUCAUUUUGGCUACAUUAGCUGAUGAGCCAAGUAGAGCAUCUUCUCAGCAAUCACUGUGUCUUUCACAAAAACAAAAAAGGUCAGAUCCGAUGUGUUCACCAAACAACAAUUCAAAGACUGGUAAAAAUGUAACCAGCAAGGCCCCAGGAUGUAUCUUGAGAAAAACAGCACCCAAAAGGCUUUAUCCUAAUGAGACUCAAAUAGAUAUUCCUGUGCUGGAAAACUGUGGCAGCCCUAUAAUGAAAAGAGUGAAUGGAGGAGACAUUAGUGAAGUGCCAGAAAGCAGCAUCAGUGACACGGAGGAGAUGCCAGGCUCUUCAUAUCUGAGGAAGUUUUCUUGCAUGUUCUUUGGAGCAGUUUCUUCUGACCAGCAAGAACACUUCAACCAUCCUUUUGACAGUCUGGCAACAGCAAGUGACACUGAAGAGGACAUGAAUAAUGGCAGAUCUUCCACAUUCUAACACUUAAUGAUAGCUGAAUUGGCCCCCAGCCCAUUUGUUAGCUCACUUGCGUCUCAAACAUGUUUUCACAUUUAGUCUAUAGAGAUACUGUCUUCGACUUCCUUGAAAUGGGAGGAUGGGCUUCUGCUUUGCUAAACAUCGUCAUCUUGUGUAACAGCCAUUAUCUAGAAAUAGCUGAUUGUUAAGUGUACAUAUUUGCUUAAAACCCAUUAUGCUGCUUGGAGGCAGAAGUCUUCUGUGCAGGGAAAAAGCUCAUUAGAAUUCUUCAAUUCAACACAUGUUCACACUAGAGCUUUUAACAUUUUCUUUGCCAGUUUUAUAAAGGUAUUUAGACUUUUUUCAGCAGCCAUUUAGAGUGCAUCAAUACGGCCUAUAGUUCUGUGACUCGUAGGUAGCUUUUGUAUUUGAUUGCAAACAUUUGAGUUUUGGUGCUUUGAGACAUAUUUAAAAGCUAUGCAGUCUUUUCCCAUGUAAUACCAUGACUUUUUGUCUGUCGCUUUUUAUAUUUUGUUAAGAUUUUAAGUAAAAAUAAUCCCUGAAAAAAAGGUCAAGAAUAAAAAUAUAUAGCUACCCCCCUCACUUUGGAGUCUUUUAAUAAAUUGUGAAAUUUUA